CUGAGAGCUGCCCUGCUGGCCAAUGGGCUGCCGACAUCUGGCAGAAAGGCCGAGCUUGUGAGCCGGCUGGCAGGGGCCGGUGAGCAUGUGGUUGGGGAGAGAUGUGGGCGUGGGGAGAGAGGGCGGGAUGAAGGGGUUGAGAGUGAGUUAGUCGGGGUUAGGGGGCGUGUAGGUAGGGUAGUUGAGAGUAGAGGAAAGAAGGUUGGGGGAAGCGAGGGUAGGGAAGGGGGACGUGGAAGGAGGCAGGCGGUGACGGUGAAGGGGCGGAAGCGAGUGAGAGCAGAGGAGGGCGAUGGUGAAGAGGAUGGGGAAGCUGGGGAAAGGAGGGAGGAGCAAGGUAACGAAGGCAAGGGGGGUGCAGGGGAGAGAGUGGGUGGGAGAAGAGUCACUCGGCUGGCUGUUCGGAAGGCAAAGGAGGAUGGGUUGGAGGGAGAGGGGCAAGGGGAUGGGGGGAUAGAGGGGGAGAACGGUAGUAAGAGGGGGAAGGGGAGUGAGUCUGGGAGUGACAAGAGUGAGGAGGAAAGUGGGAGUGAGAGUGGGAGUGACAGUGGUUCUGAUUGGGGGAAGGAGAGGGGAGAGGUCAGCAGCAGCAGUGAAAGUGAGGAGGGGAUGAACGGGGAGGAGGUGGAGGGAGAGAAGCAGGAGGGGAACAAGGGUGGUACCGGCAGUGCAGCAGCAGUGGAGUAUGGAUGGGGCAACCCCUUAGCCCUGCAAGCCCUGCGCCAGAAAGAAGCUGAGAGGAGGAAGCAGAGGAGGGUGGCUGCUGCUAGCGGUGCACCUGGUGGUGCUGCUGGGCGUGGGCGGAUAGGUUAUGGUCUCACCAGCAGCAGGAAUGCUAAGGGGCGGCCUGGGUUGCAAGGGAGAGACAACUUUGUUCGCCUGAGUAUUAAUGGUAGGGGGGGUAAGAAGAGGUUCGGGAAUGGUACCAAGACGAGCAGGUUCGGGAGUAGGAAUGGUGGAGGGAGUAGGUUUGGGAGGUUCCGUGGUGGGUAUGGAGGGGGGAGGAGGAAGGGGGGUUACAGGAAAAAUGGGAAGGGAGGGGGGGCGGGGGAAGGGGGAGAGUGUGGGAUGGGCUUGGGUGGAUGGAUGGAUGAUGGUGCGAUGAUGGGGUUGGAAGGGGCAGGAGAGAAAGGAGAGAGGGGAGAGGCAAGGGAGGGAGGGGCAGGCCUCAAAGUGCCUCAAAGGGAGAAUGAGAGGAGGGUGGGGAGAGUGGGAGGAGUGGCACGGAGCGACAGAGGUAACGGGGUGUAUGGGAAAGGGAGCCAGGAUGAGAAGCAGGAGAAAGAGGAGGGGGAGGAGGAGGAGGAGGAAGAGGAGGUGGAGGAGGUGGAAGGGGGGGAUGACCGGGGCGAGGAGGAGAAAGCCACACAGGGCAAGAGACGAGUACAGAAGAAGAGGAAAAGCGAGGACACAGGAGCGGGAGAAGAGGAGGAGAUGAGUGAGAGGGCUGAGAGAGUGGAGAGAGCUGGGAUGGUGGAGGCAGCUGGAAGGGACCCUUCGGAGGGCAAUCUGUUGAGGGUGCUGCGGAACGUGUUUGGCUUCGAUCGGUUCCGCGAUGGACAGGUGGCGGCCAUCCAACGGGUGCUGCGCGGCCAAUCAACGCUCCUCGUGCUGCCAACUGGCGCUGGGAAGUCGCUCUGCUACCAGCUCCCAGCGUUCCUCCUCCCCGGCCUCACGCUAGUGGUCAGCCCACUGGUGGCGCUCAUGCAAGACCAGCUCGCGCACCUGCCACCCUGCCUGCCCGGUGCCCUCCUCUCGUCCUUCCAGUCACCCGGUGAGAGCGGUGCAGUGAUAGAGAGGCUGAGAGGAGAAGAGCUGAAGGUGCUGUUUGUGUCGCCUGAGCGCCUGGCUGCGCCCUCCUUCCUCCGCCUGCUCUCCAGCCUGCCCCAGGGCGUGUCUCUCGUGGUGUUCGAUGAGGCGCACUGCAUUUCAGAGUGGUCGCACAACUUCCGCUCGGCCUAUCUGCGCCUCUCCUCCAUCCUGCUCUCCAGCGGUCUACUGGAGAGGCAGGCAGCAGCACCUGAAGAAAGGAAGGCUGCAGCAGCAGCAGCGGAAGAAGCAUCAGACACCAAGGCUUCUUCUGCUGAUCCCUCUUUUGCAGAUGGUGGUGGUGGUGCUGCUGCUGUUGCUGCUGCUGCUUCUGAUGCGGAGGGUACCAAUGAUUGUCUACCUGGUGGUGACGACACUAACAGUAGUAACAUUCCCCGCAGGCCUUGCAUUCUCGCCAUCACUGCCACCGCCACGCUCCUCGCCACGUCAUCGCUCAUCGCAGCGCUGGGUAUCCCGCCGGGCGGUGUAAUUCGGCGCGGAGUGGUGCGGCCGAACCUGCACCUCUCAGUGUCAAUAACCGGGGCCAAAGGACUUGUGCCUGGGACUGGUUCAGGGCCUGCUGAUGUGGUGGGAGAGAACAAGUGGGGGGGCGGGGCUGCAGCAGCAGGGCAGAGCAGGCAGCGGGCACUGGUGGAUCUUCUUGCGGCUCCUCCCUUCUCUUCUGCCCGCAGCAUCAUCGUCUACUGCUCCUUCCAGUGGGAGGCUGAUGACGUGGCACGCAUUCUUCGAGACAACCGGAUCGCAGCUCGGAGCUACCACGGUGGGUUGCAAGCAGGCGAGAGGACACGCAUCCUGCAGCGCUUCACAGCCAACAAGCUACGAGUGGUUGUGGCGACACUGGCGUUUGGCAUGGGCCUGGAUAAGGCUGAUGUUGGAGCGGUUGUGCAUUACUCCAUUCCCCGCAGCCCAGAACAAUACGUGCAGGAGAUAGGCCGGGCGGGGCGCAACGGGCAGCCCGCCUUCUGCCACCUCUUUGUGGACCGCCCCUGCUACCUUCGCCUGCGCAGCCUUGCACACUCGGACGGAGUAUCGGAAAGCACUGUAGCAGCCUUCCUCUCUCUCGUCUUUGGCAACUACCAACUGCCUGUAGCACUUGAAGAAUUACCUGAAGGAUCACCUGAAGCAGCAGUGCAGAUUCCUGUGUUCCGAACCAUCCCCAAGGAGAAAACGGCUCAGUCCCUUGACAUUCGCCCUGAGGUCAUGGAAACCAUUCUCGUGUUCUGCGAGUCACCAGCACCAUCAGCAUCUCUUGCUUCGGAUUCAAAACUUCCACCCUUAACACCAUCGCCAUCAUCACCACCAGCCACACCAGCAUCAUCGCUACCACCAGAACCAUUGUCAUCAUUAGCACCACUUUCAUCACCCACACCCCCUGCUGCCGCUGCUUACCUGCGAAUGAUGCCUGAGGCACCGGCUUCCUGCCUGCUCUCCUUCCAUAAGACCCCAGUGGAGGUACUUUCCAAAAAGGUUCCUCUUGUGAAGGCCAUUCUCGCGACUAACCCCACCCCCCGCAAUGGGCGGUACACCAUCCAGCUGGCACCGCUGGCCAAUCAUGCGCGCAUGCCGCUGCCCAUGCUGCUUUCUGCGUUGAGAGACCUGCAGAGGUGUGGGGAGAUCGUGUGCGAGUUCCUGGAACCUUCCUUGUGCGUGCAGCUCAUGUCUCGCCCCAAGAGUCUCUCCUCUCUAGCUGCAUCCAUCUGCCACCGACUGGCGGCUGUUGAGCGAUCAACGGUGGGCAAGCUUGAUGCUAUGUACACUGUAGCAGUCGCAGCAGCCCAGCUCCCAGCAGCACAACCAGUAACACAACCAGCAGCACCACCAGCACCAGCAGCAGCACAACCAGCGGCACAACCAGCAGCACAACCAGCAACACCACCAGCAGCACCAGCAGCAGCACCAGCAGCAGCACAAGAGGCAGCUGAAGUGGAGAGCAGAAGGUCGCAGGCGGGCAGGCAGACUGCCCUCCUGCAGCGCUGCAUCGCCGCCUACUUUGACUCCCCAGAUGGCUCCGUGCCGCCUCUGCUCGCUGCUCCUGCGCCUGUCAACGCUGCCAGUCAAUUCCUCCGCAGUGACAUCAAGGUGUUUCUGCGCUGCCAGCAAGCCAAUCCCGAUGCGCCACCUGUCAACGCGCGAGCCGUUGCCCGCAUCCUCCACGGCCUAACCAGCCCAGCCUUUCCGGCUUCUGAUUGGUCCAAGCACCACUUCUGCUUAUUCGCAUGCAGCUCUCGCGCGACCUGGCCUGCUGUGACGUUCCGCCCCUACGCAAGCAUUGCUGCUCAAUCAUUGGAGCACCUUUUCCGCGUUAAGAGCGUCUCGUUAUACGAUAUGGCGGUGCGAGGAGUGUGGCAGCUCCGACGACUUGUCGUGAACCACUGCGACUUCUCCGGCAGCAGCCGCGGCGCGAGGGAGUUUGUGGCAUCGUUCCUGCCGCAGUUCAAAGAGGGCAAUCCACAGCUGGCAGUAGAGGCCGUUGUGAACCGGGGCAAGCACCCAAACCUGCACGCCCAGUACGUGAACGGGAGGGAGAGGGUGGUGGAUGUGAAGAAUCAGGAGGCAGAGACCAUUCUCAUCCAGGCUUUAAGGCUGCGGAACUCCACGGGGCGAAAAGUGGUCAAGCUGAAGUCGAGGCACGAGUCGACACGGCCCAGCAUUCAAGGAAUGUGGACACCCGAGCUUCAAGCCCAGCUUAGAUCACAAACAGCAUCGUAA